AUGGAGGAAGAUUUGAAGAAGCAAGGCGAGGCCAUUGAAGACAAUAGGAGAGCGAUACACUUUACCAAAGUUUCUACCAAGGAGAUGGACAAUCACUUAGAUGAGAAGAUCACAAGUCUUGAUAACAACCUCGAUGGCACCACCAAGAGUCUCAAUUCAAUAACAGCAGUAGCUCAUCAAGCUAAGAGGGAGGCACAAAUCCGAGAUUUACACAUCUCUCUAGACAAGAGGAGCCAAGAUAUUCAAAGAAGAGCUAGAGGGCUUGAAGACAAAGUAGAUGGAGUCUCCAAGGAAGUCAAGGAUUUAACCACUCGCUUAGCCAACUUGGAAGAGAAGGUCUUGACCGAGACAAAGACGACCGGUUCUAAGCACAACAUGCCGCGUCCGUCUUUACUAUAA